AUGGAUCGCAGUCCUAGAACUUUAGAGAUAGUUGUCUGUGUUGUUCUGAUUUCUAGCAGUGUGAUUGGAAAUACACUGUUAGUUUAUUGUACAAGGAGAUGCAUCAGUGAGCAUUUGCGAACCUCAUUUGUGUUUAUUUUCAGUCUUGCUUAUGUCCAUCUCAUAAACAGCUUGGUGGUGGAUGUCUUAAAGAUUGUUUAUGCCUCUGGUGUUGGGCUGGAUUCAGCUGGCUGCAAAGCUUUCAUGUUCACAACAACUUCUACUACUUCUCUUGGCAUAUGGUUCACAUUAUAUGUUGCUUGGCUCUAUUGCUUUAAAUUGUGUCGAAUAGUGCAUCCUCCAGUUGAAGCUCCAAGCACAAAUCAUCAGAAGUUUCAUUUGGUCUUAGUUUUUGCUCUCUGGAUUGCUGCUUUGGGGGCCUGCUCCCCACUUUUGAUAUAUACAGGAAAGACUGAAAAGCAGAAGAAAGGAAAUGAAACUUAUCAGCAAUUCAACAGCCUAAUCUAUACUGAAUGCAAAACAGAAUACAACAAUUACCAUAUAGAAACUUUCUAUGGAAAAAUAUUUUUAGUAGUGAUUGAUCUUCUCCCACUGCUGGUUAUGCUUCUUGUUGGCCUCCGAAUAAUACAUCUCCUUUGGGGACACAAGAAGGCAACAUAUGGAGAUGUAUGGAUUGGACAGGAUGCAGCUGAAAAAGAGGUCAUCAGAGCAUGUAAAUUUGUCCUGCUCUUAAUAUUGUUGAUCACUUCAUUCUGGACUUCUUACUUUGUCCUCUUUUACUGCCUGAAACAUUUUAAAUCUUGCUACUUUGCACCACCGGUGUUGACACUUCUGUCUUCAGGAUACUCAGCUGUCAGUCCUUAUCUUCUUAUGUUGAUUAACUACAAAGUACAAGUGAAGGUGAGGUGUUUUUCCUGUAACGGUGAGAAGAAAUCUGUUUCUCUGUCAACUGUAUCCCCGUCUGUUGAUGUCUCUCCAUAUGCUUAG